UCAGACAGCUACCCGCCCAGUUCUUCUCACAAUCCUGGAACGAAAAACAGUGCAUCUUGCGGCCUGGGUGCAGUAGCGAACGCUCUUCAGUGCGUGCAAGUUUGAUAAAUAUUCGGUAAGAAUAAGGAAGUUAACACUGCUCACUGUAACAGAAAGAAACAAUCAAACCGAUCGAAAUGGAAAAAACGGCUACCGGAGCCGAAAGGUCUGAACCAGGAGACAGCGAACAGGACGAGGAGGAUGUGUACGAGGUGGAGAGUAUUAUUGACAUGCGUACGGAGAUGGGCGAGGUCCUGUACCGCGUCCGGUGGAAGAACUACACCUCCGACGAUGACACCUGGGAGCCGGAGGCUAACCUGGAGGACUGCAGGGAGGUGCUGCUGGCCUUCAGGAAGAAGGUGGCCGAGAGCACCGCCAUGACAGAAACGCCUGUGGUGGAGGCGGCGUGGGCGGUUGACUCUAGUGCAGAGCAGGAACGUCAGCUGGCAGUGGCGUCCAGGGGCAUUGUGGGAACCCAAGAGGAAGAGGAGCAGGUGCAGUUGACAGCCAGUGGGCUGCAGAGGGACCUGGCCCCCAAGAAACUGCCAAUGAAGAGUGACCUGUUCAAUGCCGACCUCGAGAGCGAUAGCGACAAGGACAACGCGUCAUCCCCAAGAAAGAAGAAAAAGAAUUUAGUGGAGGACCUUACUCUAGAAAUACAUACGAGUAAGAAGAAAAAGCAAAAGGAAAAGAAAAAAUGUAAACAGGAGAAGGUGCUGCCGGGGCCAGAGCCCGACAGGAACGAGAUGGAGGACGAGGACAGCGUGUCGACUCCAGCGCCACCUCGUACCCACGACACCCUUGAGACCAAGCGGGCCUUGGAGCCUGACGAGGAGGAGGAGGAGGCCAUCAUUAACCCCAAGAAACGGAAGAAAGAGAAGUCCAAAGAGGGUGGGAAGCACAGGAGAGAAGAAGCCAAAGACGCAAGGAAGCACGAGAAAGAGAGCCGAGAGGGGAAAAAGAGGAAGGAGCACUGGAACAUUCUGGAUUCCAGCGAGGAGGCGGAUGAGUCGGCCGCCACCGAGGGCGAGCUGAGCAAAGCUUCAGAAACGCAGACCGUGAAGACCAUUAAACCAGCAGGGAAGCCCCAGUGCGCACAGGGGGACGAGCUGUCAACCUCGAAGGCCAAGCAGAAGCAAAGCAAGCCAGGGCUGAAGCUACAGGGUAUCAGAGACCUCAUUCAGGAGAAGAAGAGCAAGAAGCCCCAGGCUCCAUCCAGUCAGAAGGAGAGUGCCCAACGGAGGCUAAAAAACCUGAUGAACCUCAAGAGCCAGGGCAAGGCCCCCAGGAGCGGGACAGAAGACGAGCCCAGCCGCAUCUCCUCAGACUCCAGUGACGUGGCCCCCAUCAUCUCCGUCAAGAGGAAGAGCAAGAGCAAAGUGCUGGAUGCUGCCAUCCAGGGCACGUUGUCCUCGUCCGCCUCCUCUUCCUCCUCCUCCUCAUCCUCAGCUGCUGUUGCCACCAAGGAGGAUGAGGCCAAACCGCUGGGCGGGUCAGCCUCGGGCCCGAAGGGCAAGUCCUCAUCCUCGGCAAAACUGGAGGAUGCAGUUGAGAAGGACAUGCCUGCGUCAACUAAUCUGUUUGAGAAGUUCCUGCUGAACUGCGAGGCCAAGGACAGGUUGCCACGGAAGCAGAGCACACAUUCCACCGCCCCAGAGAUCCAAGCCGAACAGGCCAAAACUGCCACACCAAAGACCACGGGGAAGGCUGAGAGAAAAAUGAAAACUUUGAAGGAAUCGCUGGCCCAGAAACCGGUCCCUGACAAGAUCGAGAAGGCCAAGAAGGACACCAAAAUCCCAGAGGCUCCGGGCCCGGCACAGAACCCCGCCAUCUUGGAGGUGGAGGAGAAGCGGGAGACCAGCGAGAGGAGCGACGGCCAGGGCGCGAGACGAGAGAAGAACGACAGACAGGCGGAGAGGAGGGAGCGGACGGACGCGCCGGGACAGCAGAGGGCAGAAGAGGCAACUGAGCUCAGAGCGACAGGGCUACCCGGAGAGAAACCCGGGGAGGUGCGAGAGUGCAAACAGAGGGGGGAGGAGCAGAGGGAGAGGAGGGAGAGGGCCGAGGACGUGCGGGGUUGCCGGUGGGAGAGGAAGGCAGCGGAGGUGGCGUCCCCCGAGCCGAUGGACGAGGCGGCUGCACCCGGGAGGAUGAAAGAGAGGAGGAGGAGGCAGGACAGUGAGCCACGCCUCUAUAUCGCCUGCGAAGACAAUCAGGACCCUCAGGACCUGCUGGGGCACACCGACAGGACUAAAGAGCUAAACCCCGCAGACAGGGGCCAAACGCCUCUGAACAUCGGGGUAGAUCUCAAACUGGACUGGAUGACCCUGGAGGACUUCCAGAAACACCUGAACGGAGAUGAUGAGAUUCUAUCUGCCGUAGCCUUAUCUCCAAGUGAACUCCGGGAUGCAGUCAAAAGUGGAGACUACCUGGCAGUAAAACUUGCACUCAGCUCUAAAGAGGACUACAAUCUGGACCAGGAGGACUCGAGCGGGAUGUCGCUGACCAUGCUGGCAGCCGCGGGAGGGCAGGACGACAUCCUGCGGCUGCUGAUCAGGAGGGGCGUGAAGGUCAACGGCCGGCAGAAGAACGGCACCACCGCGCUCAUGCACGCGGCUGAGAAGAACUUCCUGUCGACCGUGGCCAUUCUCCUGGAGGCAGGGGCCUACCUCAAUGCGCAGACACUGGGCGGUGAGACAGCCCUCAUGAAGGCCUGCAAGCGGGGGAAUGCGGACGUGGUGCGCCUCCUGCUGGAGCAGGGGGCCGACUGCAACAUCCUGUCCAAGCACCAGAACAACGCCCUGCAUUUCGCCAAGCUCAGCAACAAUGUGAUCGUCUACGACCACGUCAAGGACCACAUGACCCUGCUUUCCAGUGUGGCGGAGGAGACCAUCCGGGCCUACUUCGAGACCCGGCUGGCCCUGCUGGAGCCUGUCUUCCCCCUGGCCUGCCACCGACUCUGCGAGGGUCCCGACUUCUCCCUGGAGUUCAACUACAAACCACCCCCACACAGCCCCGUGGAGGGGUCGGGGAUUCUCCUCUUCGUCUUCCACGCCAACUUCCUGAGCGAGAUCACGGCGAGGCUGUGCGGACCCUGCAGUGUCCACGCCGUGGUGCUCAACGACAAGUUCCAGCUGCCAAUCUUCCUGGGGCAGGUCAGCCAGGGACCUCACAGCAGCCUUAGUGAGGACAGCCACUUCAUCUACUCCUUCAGCCCUGUGCCGGGUACCAAUAAGCUCUUCAUACGACUGGCAGAGUCCCCGACCGCCAAGGUCAAGCUGCUGAUCUGCGCGUACAGAGUACAGGUGCAGUGAUGCGCAGCCCUCAGGUCAAAGGUCACGUUCGGCCCAGCCCGAGCACGGGGGGGGGGGUCCAAACCCUGCAGGAGGACUUCUGCCAAAGAGCACAGACGAGUCACAGGUGCCACGUCCGUUUCUCCAGCGAGGACAGCGACCACAUUCUAGAACACCAAAGGUGAAGCGCGACACCAGGAUGCAUUUGGGACUGUGACCAAUUUUUCAAAGGUCACGGACGUAUUGUGCGUUCUGUUGGGAGCUGCCUUUCCCCAGAGAGAACCGUGAAACAUGGUUUGAGUUGGUUUGAGUUUCCUUUGCUCCUUGCGAACCGCGCAAGAUAAAAAGAAGCCAUCAUUCUCAGGGUAGUCAGCUGAAGAUGGCGGGACUGUUCAAACUGGGGACUCUUUAUUGUCAAAAGGCCAGUUGUGUGGGUCCUGAUGAUUGGUCUUUUAUUAUUUAUUACCUCAGAGUUACCGGCUCUUUUCACACGGUCUCCCUUUGGUCCGAGAGACGCAGGCUGUGUGGAGACGAGUAACUGCAGGCAGCUGUCAGUCCGUCUGUCUGUCUGUCUGCACACACCAGGCCAGGCGGCGGCCCUCCGGACCAGGUUCUCACGCCACAAAUUCACUCAGCAGUUUGCCUUUAAGCAUUUUGCUAAUUUUUAUAUUUUGGUUAAAGUUAGGUAACGGCUAGAUUUUUUGUUCAGAAUGUUCUAGGGAAUAAGACCUCAUAGGAGGCAGGUUAAGUUCAUGCAUUUCAUGUUGCCGUGAGAGGAUGAAGUGAGAAUACUAUGUAAUUUACAGCAAAUGGUUUGACUGAUGGAAAAGUAGCAUCUCCAUUUUGGUAGCACUGUUAGAAUCGGGACACUGUUAAUAUUCACGGCCGUGCAGACCUGUCUGGUGAUCCAGAUCAGGUUUUGUUUGAACGCUGGAUACCUAUGGCCUAUAAAGUAUUUUAAAACCAAAUUAAACAAGGGCAUAUCAUAACACCUGCCGCAAAUUUGACAUUGAUACUUUCCAACUGUAAAAAAAGACUUCAACGUCUGACAAUUGUUGCUGUAUAGUGUGGCACCAGCAGGCAGAGAGAGCUUGAGUCCAGAUAAGCAUCAACUUAUAAAAAAAUAUAUUUAUUUGUGUAAGGGAAUGCAUAAGUAUUCACUGUGCAGGUCCUUUAACUGGACAUAUUAUGGCACUUUGCUUAUGGGUCCAGACCCCACUACCUUCAUAGUCCUCUGAUAACUGGGGGUCCAUUUCCUGUUCUGUAACGGAUGUAUAUAGUGUAUCUUUUCAUGAAAAUAUUUUCUUUUUAUCAAUGUAAAAAGAACCCUAGGCGUGUUUUACAGUUUAGUUUUGUUAAACAUACAUUAAAGCCAUUACCAACCUCCA